AUGGAAAGUAUCGUAAAUUCGGUAAAAAGUAUAGCCCUCGAUGUGGGUCAGUAUUUAACGCCAGUGCUUCGGGAAUCAAAAUUCAAAGAAACAGGCGUAUUAAAUCCUGAAGAAUUCGUUAUUGCCGGCGACUACCUUAUACAUCAUUGUCCAACUUGGUCAUGGGGUCAAUUAGAUCCUUUAAAAGCCAAACCAUAUCUACCUAUAAACAAGCAAUUCUUGAUCACACGUAAUGUGCCGUGUUUUAGUCGAUGUGUGGAUAUGGAAUAUGACUCAUCACAAGAAAAGAUACUAAAAAGUAAAGAGUGGAAUGAUGAGGGUGAUUUCACCAACGUCGAGGAUGAUGAAGGAUGGGUUGAUACGCAUCAUUAUAUAUUAGAUGCUAGUCAGAAACCUGCAUCGAUGUUCGAAAUACCUCAGAUGGGAUCUUCUGAGUCAAAACAAUCGGACGAACCAGAGGAUGAUGGUGGGCCACCAGUAGACAUGGAUGCGUUUGUUGCUGAGGGUGGUCUCGAGGAAAACGAUCCUUAUAGAUUUGUUGAAGAAGAGAGGAAUCAGACCGAAGGUGACACCGACAACGUUUUGCAUACACGUACUUAUGAUCUUCACAUAACUUACGACAAAUAUUAUCAGGUACCUCGUCUUUGGUUGUGCGGAUAUGACGAAGACAAUAAACCACUUACUGUGGAUAAAAUGAGCGCAGAUUUUUCGCAGGACCAUAUUAAUAAGACUAUUACAAUGGAAUCUCAUCCAUAUUUUCGCACUGCUAUGGCUUCCAUCCAUCCUUGUAGACACGCAGAAGUAAUGAAGCGUCUUAUUGAGCAGCUUGCUGACUCGGGAAAAGAAUUGAGUGUUGAUCAAUAUCUCCUUAUAUUCCUCAAAUUUGUUCAGGCAGUGAUUCCAACAAUAGAAUAUGACUACACAAGAAGUAUCCAACUUUAA